AUGGCCAGCGCCGGGACAGCCCCCGAGCCGGGGCCGCGGGAGAUGCCAGAGGAUGGGGACCCGGUGAGGCGGAGGGGACAGCGGGUCAACGGCGAGGUCAGCGGUACCCUCCGGCCGGGCGGGACGGAGAACCCCCCAUCCCCGGGCACGGCAGCUCCCGGUGGCUGCAGGACAGAGGCGACGGCAGCCGGCUGCGAGCCGGUGCUGGGGGCCGGCGCUGGGAGCCCUGGGGGGUCCCUGCAGCCGGCGGAGGAGGAGCCGGGGCGGCGGGAGGAAGCCCUGAUGACCGAGCUCUCGGAGCUGGUGCAGACGGUGGUGAAGAGCAGUAGCUGGUGGGAACGGCACGGCUUGGACAUCAGCAUCCUCACCUGCAGCUUCCUCCUCCUCCCUGCAGGGUUCCUGUGCCUGCGGUCAGCACAGUUCAUCCCCUUCCUGGUGGGUAUCCUCACCCUCGGUGUGGUGCAUCACACCCUGACUGUGAAGGGCAGCCACCUGGCCAGCCACAAUGCCUUGACCGAGUCCAAGUCCUGGGGCAAAGUGUGGGCCAUCUUCUUCAUUGAGCUCUGCUCAGCAUUCACAGCUGAGCAGGGCACCUACAACCACGUGAAGAUCCACCAUGGCUACACCAAUGUCAUCGGCCUGGGGGACUCCAGCACCUGGAAGCUUCCUUUCCUCAACCGCUACGUCUACAUGUUCAUCGCUCCUCUCGCGGUGCCCAUCAUAACCCCCCUGGUUGCUCUUGAUUUGCUGAGGAACGUGGAGUGGAAAGCAGCUCUGCGGACCCUCUGCUGCAUGUUUCUGGGUCUUUAUUGCCAUUACUGGCUGCUGCUCCACGUCUCAGGCUUCCAGUCCCAGUGGUCUGCCCUGCUCUGCAUGCUGCUCACCCGCUCCCUCCUGGCACAUCCCUACAUCCACGUCAACAUCUUCCAGCACAUCGGCCUCCCCAUGUUCGCGGCCGAUCGGAAGCCCAAGAGGAUCCACCUCAUGAGCCUGGGGGUCCUCAACCUGCCCCGCAACGCCCUGCUCGACUGGUCCUUCGGCCACUCGCUCAUCAGCUGCCACGUGGAGCAUCACCUCUUCCCUAACCUCUCUGACAACAUGUGCCUGAAGAUCAAGCCCAUCGUCUCCCAGUACCUGAAGCAGAAGAAGCUGCCAUACAACGAGGACACCUACAGCUCCCGGCUCCGGCUCUUCCUGCACAGAUACGAGGAGCUGAUGGUCCAAGCUCCCCCCAUCACAGAGCUGGUGGGCAUCCAGUGA